AGUAACAAUAAUGUCGAGCUCGGACGAUAUCUUCAUCUCUACUCAGAUCCAAUCACGGCUAGAUGAUAUUGAAAUGGAGGAAGAGCUGAAGGUGAAGAGGAAGACUCUCUUGGAGAAGUUUAUGAAUGUUCCCCCGGUACCGUUGUCGUCUUCAUCUUUGUCAAGUGGUGUUCUAGAGGUUAGUAAACCUGAGAGUAAGAAGAAAGGCACCAAGAAGAAGCCGUCGAAUAGAAGGAAAAAGGCCAACUUGAGUGUUACAGAACAGAUGAUUCUGAAAUUGAGUGGUAAACCACAGAAGUACAACCGUAUGAUACAUACACAAGGGUUGAACUCCGUCGAUGUGCCCUUGUCGAGGGACUAUGACAAUGUCUUCGAUUCUAAAGAGUGGCAGACUGUAAGGUUUAGCCUCCAUUUGAAUGGACAGUGUCACUAUGGGAACAAUGAUGAAUUAACGAAUGACGGUAGGGUGAUCAAGGAAGAGAUUGGUGAAGGUGAUAUGACCAAAGAUGACGGAAAUAUGCAGUUAUGGUCAGUUGCAAGUCAAGCACCCGUGGAUUUGCAGGACUCAUCGAUGUGUAAUGGGACAACUCCAACUGCUGUCAAAACGGAUGAUUUUGACUCUGCAAUCACUCUUAGUCAGUGCCUACUGCCUCUAUUGGACCACAAGGAGGAACAACCGGAUGAGAUAAUUGAGAUUGAAGAUUCAGAGGGUGAACUUACCAUCAUCGACGUUGAAGAGUUCUGUAAAUUGAAUGGAAUCACCACAACCACAGUACAUAGAGAGAAAAGGCGUAUAAAGGUACCCUUCUAUGGGAUCAAUGAAAAUGAAUCGAAAGCUUCAAGGGACUACGUGGAACUUCAUGAUGCAUGGGAGGAUAAUGAAGUGGUCUACAACACCACUGACGAUGAAACGGACAUGGGCUAUAUACUAUUAGAGGUUUAA